AUGAAAACAAUCAUUGCAGCCUGUUCCCAAAAUCUCAGCGGCAGCCGUGCCAGUGUCCAGACCGCCCUGCGCACCCUGCUCACAGCACCCUGGCCCUCGCAGCGGGACGUCCGCUCCUGGCUCCAGCUCCUCGCUGUCCUGCAGUGGGUGCUCAGCUUCCUGCUGCUGGGAAUCGUCAGCCUCCUGCUCCUCAUCUACCUGGUGUUCACCAGCUUCUGGCCCAUCUCCGCGCUCUACCUGGCCUGGAUCAUCUUUGACUGGGACACGCCAGAGAAAGGUGGCAGGAGGCUGCCGUGCCUGCGGCGAUGGGCGCACUUUCGGGACUAUUUCCCUGUGAAGCUGGUGAAGACACAUGACCUGUCCCCCAGCCACAACUACAUCAUCGGCUCCCACCCCCACGGCAUCCUCUGCGUCGGCGCCUUCUGCAACUUCAUCACGGGCUCCACGGGCUUCGGGGAGAUGUUCCCGGGCAUCCGGCCCUUCCUCACCACCCUGGCCGGCAACUUCCGCCUGCCCCUCUUCAGGGAGUACCUGAUGAGUGGGGGCCUGUGCCCGGUGACCCGCCGUGCCAUCGGGUACCUGCGUCCCGCCGCCCGCGGAGGCAUCGUCAUCGGCGGCGCAGCCGAGUCGCUCUCCUGCUGUCCCGGUGUCACCACCCUCAUCCUGAAGAACCGCAAGGGCUUUGUCCGCAUGGCCCUGCAGCACGGGGCCCACCUCGUCCCCUCCUUCUCCUUCGGGGAGAACGACCUCUUCCGCCAGGUGGUCUUUGAGGAGGGCAGCUGGAUGAGGAGCAUCCAGCAGCGCUUCCAGAAGAUGAUGGGCUUCGCUCCCUGUGUCUUCUACGGCCGGGGUCUCACCUCUGUCCGCUCCCGGGGCUUCCUCCCCUAUGCCAGACCCAUCACCACUGUGGUGGGGGAGCCGGUGACAGUGCCCAAGAUUGAGAACCCGAGCUGCGAGGUGGUGGACAUGUACCACGAGAUGUACAUCCGCUCCCUCCUCCAGCUCUUCAACCAGAACAAGACCAAGUACGGGCUGUCGGAGACGGACGAGCUGCACAUCCUCUGA